AUGACGAAGAACGCUUUGUUGCAUGCCGGUCUCUUUCUCUGCCUCUCAGCCUUUCUGACGGCUCACUGUGCCUCUAUUGACCGCCGGGCUGUUGUGGCACAAUUCAACCCGAGGCGAAAUGCCAGCGCACAAACGCCGAUGCAGGUCGGCAAUGGCAAUUUCGUGUUUUCAACCGACGUGACUGGUCUUCAAACGUUCUUACCGUUCAACACAUUAUCUUCCUGGGGCUGGCAUAAUUCCUCACUACCCAUAACAUCUGGACAGACCUCGGUCAGUGACUUUACCGGCCUGCAGUGGUGGACGCAUGGACGUUUGGUCACAUAUGAUCAGCCAAACCCAGCGGAGGCGGAAAUCUCUCAAUGGCUAAUUGCAAACCCGCAUAGGAUCAACUUAGCUCGGAUUGGCUUGGACUUUGGCGGCAAGACUGUGAAGGAGGGUGAUCUGGAAAACACGAACCAAUCUCUGGACUUACAUUCAGGCAUCCUCCACUCGACCUUUGCUUUGAACGGAACCCAAGUCAGCAUUCAGACUACUGUUGAUCCGAACAGCGACACUGUCGCCGUGCAGAUUAAUUCGAGCUUGCUGGGCACCGGCGACCUAGGGGUGUUUUUCGACUACCCGUAUGCCAGCGGACAGAGCAAGUUCGAGGCCCCGUUCGUUGGUAUUUGGAAUGCAACAGCAAACCACACCACAACUCUCAAGACUCAGAGUCAGCAGGCACUUAUUCAGCACGAUCUAGAUGCAACAACAUAUUUCACCAAUAUCCAAUGGGAAGGAACCGCGAGCAUGAAGGGUCCGCAGCGCUCUACCCAUCGUUAUCUGCUGUCUCCAAAACAAAGCGGUCAGCUGUCAUUUACGGCAAGCUUUACGCCUUCACCGAACAACACGGUCACAACUGCGCAGGAUAUUUUCCAAGCCUCGGAGAGGUGGUGGAGUUCAUAUUGGACUCGGGGAGCAUUCAUAUCCCUUCCACUGAAUCAUCAUCCCAAAGCAAAAGAGCUUCAACGUCGGACCAUUCUGUCUCAGUACCUAACAACCAUCAACGAAGCUGGUCGGGAUCCUCCGCAAGAAUCAGGCUUGACAAACAACGGGUGGUAUGGCAAGUUCCACCUAGAGAUGGUGAUCUGGCAUUCGCUUCACUUCGGCCUAUGGGGAAAGGGAGAUCUUUUGGAACGUCACGACUCCAUAUACCGCCGAUUCCUUCCAACGUCCUACCAAAGAGCAAGGGAGAUGGGUUACGAAGGUGCACGCUGGGGUAAGAUGUCUGAUCCUACAGGCCGAUCAGCUCCUGGGGAGAUCAACUCGUUGCUCAUCUGGCAGCAGCCCCAUCCAUUCUACUUCGCAGAAGCCGAAUAUCAGAGGUCGCCCAACAAUCGUACACUCUUGAAGUGGGACGAAGUUCUCACGGCGUCGGCGGACUUCAUGGCAUCUUAUGCAUUCCACAACCAGUCGUUGAAUGUAUUGCAGCUCGGUCCACCCAUUUAUCCAGUAUCCGAGAACACCAAUCCAAGUUCGACUGUCAAUCCUACAUUCGAACUGGCAUACUGGCGCUGGGGAUUGGACAUUGCAGCGAAAUGGAAGCAGCGUUUGAAUGAGACUGUACCACGUGCCUGGACAUCCAUCGCAAACAACCUGCCGCCAAUGCCAGUGGUAGACGAUCGCUAUGUCCUAUACAGUGGAGUGUCCGAUAUGUGGAACAAUCCCAAUUUGACAUCAGAUCAUCCCAGCAUGGCCAUGAUCUACGGGUUUAUCUCGCCUCCCCCAGACUUCAAUCUGACGGUCAUGAACAAUACUAUGCACAAAAUAUAUGCUGCCUGGAACUGGACUGAGUCUUUCGGGUGGGAUUUUCCAAUGGUGGCAAUGACGGCUGCACGCCUGGGAGAUUAUGAUCGUGCCGUCGAUUUCCUGGUGCAUCCCAACUUUCAGUUCGACGAUGUGGGAAUGCCAAUCGGCGGGUCCAGGGUGCCGACACCUUAUUUUCCAGGGAGUACAUCCUUGUUGAUGGCCGUGGCUAUGAUGGCUGGAGGCUGGAAAGACGAUGCUGGACUGAAAUUCCCGCCAGAAUGGAAAGUGCGGGCUGAAGGAUUCGAGCCAAUGUUUUUUUGA